AGAAGCAAAUAACCAGGCCUGUCUUCCAAGGCACCUCAGGUGGAUUCAGACCACUGUCUUUUUGGCUAGUAGUUGCACACUUAACCAUUUGCACCACCCAGGGACUCCUGGGGAUGAAAUAGAAUUGGCAGUUCCAAGAGGUAUUUGGAAAGAAGAAAUUCUAAGACUUGCUGAUAAAUAAUGGGGACUGAAAUGCUUGAAGUGUUGUAGUGGAGAGUAUCAGGAAGAAAGUAAGGAUAAGGAUAGGGUGCCUAAAUUAGGGUUCUUGGAAUAAUAUUUUACAGGCCCAAAUCCCUUAUCUAAAACCCUAGGACCAGGUGUAUUUUGAAAUUCAAAAAUUUUUGAGUUAUAGAAAGGUAACAUGAUUUUAUGUAUAUAAUAUCCCCAGCAAGGUCUGAGGCAUCAUCCUGUAAUUAAAAACACUAAUAUUUCUACAGUGAAAUGUGGAAGUAAUCACAGUAAGUAGGCUAAAUAAAGCCUAUAAAUAGCCUCACAUCAGUUCAAGUUAGAUUUUUGUCACCAGAUGAGUUUUGACGUGAAACUUCAUAAAAAAAAUCUUUUCAGAACUUUGUAGACUUCAGAACUAUGGAAGUGACCAUGGAGUAUGUACUGACUGGAACAUCCAGUGAGGAGAGUCUUAGGAAAUGAAUGAGAUUAGAAGGAGUUGGGAAAGGUCAAGGCAAGGGAAGAGUUAAGGUAACUUCAAUUUUCAGGCUGAAGAGAGUGUUGCUACUUGUGACAGAAAUGGAGAAGUUGAGGGAGGCUAGUUUAAGGAAGAGUUUAAUUUUAAACAUAAGCACUUUUAAGAGGAAAAGACCUCUUUUGCUUCACAUGAGACUCCCUCUUAUUUUUCAUGUGUUCUGUAUCAUAGUUAAAUCAGCUUAAAAAAAAUUCCAAAAGCUUGAAGUGUUGGAGGGAAAAUUUUCCUUUUAAAAUGAGCUCUUAAUUUUCAGCAAUUAUUAAGGAACCUGCAGACUCUGAAGUUGAGAUCUUAAAGUACAUGUAGGUUGCGAGUGGAUGGAAAGGUAUUCCUAGAUAAAUGAGAGUUGUGGCACUACUUACUGAAACAAAAUAUAUUUGUAUAUCAUAAACCUUACUCAUAUGCUUAUAAAUACAUUUAGAAGUAGUAAUCGUUGCAGCAGCAGUGGUAGCUAACAUGUUAGCAGUAGUUACUAAUGUGUUUUGAAUGCUUACCAUGUGCCAAGGCACUGUUCUAAGUGCUUUACAAAAGGCCAUGUAGACUAGGUCAUGACACCAACCCAGGUGGGAAGUGUUAGCAUAGGCAAUGGUGUGAUUUUGAGUCCCAGUUCACUUUGAUAAUCUAGAAUAGAGAUAAUUAAUGGAUGAAUAUAUAAGAUUGAGUAGGUUUUGACCUUAUUGCCAUUCUGUGAUUUUUUUUUCAUCCACUGUGAUAAAUGGACUCAUACAUUGAUAUUGUCAUAUAAGUAAAAUCUCUGAGAAAUAGGGGCAAAUCUUUAACAAAAAUGGAGCAAGGCCCAAUAAUUACUCUAAAAUUUGUUUACUUUAUAAUUACUGUAUAUAAAGGUAUGCAUUUGUUAGUUUUAUGAGUUGUAAGUAAUAUAGAGACAAGCUUUGUCUUUAUUAAUUAAACUUUUAUUCAAAUUCUGCUACUGACUUGUAUGGUUUGAACUUUUAAGUUUUUCUUUUAUUAAAUAAGGACCUAUUGGCUUGGAUAAUCUGUAAGGGUCCUUUCAACAUCAGAUUCUCAUUCUGCGUGUUUAGGUUUCAUCGAAUAGAAUUUAAAGUUUAAACUACAACUUAAAGGAGAUUCUCCUUAGAUUAUGCUGUAAAUGUAGAUAAGAUGCCAGAGGAACAAGUGAAAGAAUGAAUGUCGUAACUUUGCACCUACACCAUUUGACAGACAUUAUUAAAGAGAAACUUAGAAAUAAGGGACCUAGGGAACUAGAAGAGUGCACAGUGUCAACCAGAAAAUGAGUUUUCAAGGGAGAAGGAUCAGCAAUGUCAAGCUAGUACAAUAUAGAAGAAGGAACCCUGGACCCAGAACUUAGAAGGCCAUGAAUACAUGUCUGGCCCUAACACUCUUGCUGAUCGGAGUUUUGAUAAUUAAUAAAUUACUUAGUCAUCUGAACCUUGCAAAAUGGUAGUAAUAACUAUCUAGCCUUCCUCUGUGGUUUUUCGUGAGAAUCAAAUGAAGUGAUGAGUUAGAAAGUACCUAGUAAAACUUAAAAUAUUUUAUGAACUUAAGUUAUUACAAAAAGGAUGGAUGAGGACCUGAAGAGGUUAUUGGAUUUAGUGGUUUGAAUAAAACUAUUAUCAAGGAAGGUGCCUUGAAGGCAGAAUAAAACAGAAUUGGGGGCAUAGUGUAACUACUCGGUAGAGGUUUGGCAAGGCAUGAAUGGUAAGAGAGAGAUGGCCUAGCAUAGCAUGUUCCUUACAUUGCUAUUGAAGUUUUUUGUAUACAGAAACUGUAUGUUUUAGUUCAGUAUGCAGUUUUUUGGUUGUGUUUCCUACUAGACUGAGAGUAGGUAGAGGGGAAGAACUGCAACUCAUUCUCUUUUCCUCAGUGCCUUGAAUAAAGUAAUACUUUUUAAUAAAUAACUUUAAACAAAUAACUUGCUGAGUGAUUCUUAGGACUUAAUUGGUAAGGAAAAAUUUUGUGGUACACGUGUGUACAUGAAUGUGUGUUUCAGGUGGGUAAGACUUAAGCCUAUUUAUAAGCUAGAGAGAGGUUGAAAAGAAAGGAAGAUGGUUUGCUCAAGGAAAUAUGAAAGGAGAGAAGGGGAUAGGAUCUGGAACCACAAAUGAAAAUGCUAAUCUUACCAGUAAGAGACUAUUCCCUCCAAAAAGCACCAGACCCAGAAGGUUUUACCACUGAAUUUUUUAAAACUUCAAGCACCAGAUAACUUUCAGACCAUAGGGAUAAAAAGAUAAAUGCCCGAUUAUUUUUACAAAGCCAUCAUAACAUGAUAAUAAAAUAUGAAAGAGUAAAAGAGACUGUAGACUAUUUCACAGAAAUUGGUGCAAAAAAUGCUUAAUCAAAUUAUCAAAUGAAAUCUAGCAUUACAUGAACGGAAUAAUACUGUGAGCAAGUAGGAUUCAUUCUAGGAAUGUAAUGAUAGGUCAAAUUAAUUCAUAUUAGUAGGUAGUGGUGAGGUAUUAAUAUCUCAAGAGAUACCAAAAAGGAAAAAAAAAAUUAUUUCCAAUAAGGAUUAAAGAUUAUUUAGUAAAAUAAUAAUUAUAUACCUAAGAUUUUAUAUAUCUCUGACUACAAGCCAGCAUUUUGUUACUAGAAAUGGUAAAAUACCAGAAUUCCUAUUUUAGUAUUUAGUAAAAUACUGAAUUCUUAUGAUAAGUCAUGAAAUCUAAAAAGAUCUGGCCAAGCAUUAGUGUUACAUAAUAUUGUCUUGGAAAUGCUGACUAAUGCAGUUAGACCAAAAAAGAAAGAAAAUAAGUGGUACAGUUAUUGAAAAGGAGGAGACAAAUCCAUAAUUAUUUGUACCUGAUAUUGUAUACCUGAAAAAGCCAAGUGAAUCAACAGAAAAAUUACUAUGAUUAAUGAGAUUUCAAUAUGAUGGCUGGUUAUAAAAUAAAAACACAAAAAUUAAUGGCUUACAUAAAGUGUUUUUGUUGAUAGUCUUUAAAUUGAAAGGCCUAGCCAUUGGAUUAGUGAAUAGGAACUUUUCUGCUUUCUGAGGACUACACUGACUGAAUUUAAUCUUAUCAACUGAAUUGAAUCUUACUGUCUGUAAGUAAGUUGCAGUCCAUUUUGAAUAAGACACAUUCCAUGUUAACUUUUAAAAACUAUUUUAAAAUAAAGUUAUGACAGUGAAUACAUUUGGAGUGACUAUAAGGAAUUUUUUUUUAAUUUUUUGUGGCUUGUGAUGCUUGUACUAUUACUUCGCAGUGCCAGGGAAGGUGUAAGCUGAUCCUUUAGCCAUAUUUGGUAAAUAAUAAUUUUGUGUGGAAUCCACUGUUCUAUCAGUAAGAGGAAAAUUAUUCCCCAAAUGUAAGGCUUUUUUUCCCCCCUUAAGAUAUUUCCUGACUUAGACCAAGUUAUAUCAUGUAUUGAUUGCUGUUAUGUUUUUUAAUAAAACACUGUAUUCCAGGUCUAUAACCUUUUAACAACAGAUGUGUUAACAGAGCGUUUUCCACUUUACUUGAGGGAAAAGAAUUACACGCCUUCUUUACCACUAAUUUUUUUUAUAUCCCAAGUGUAAACUGAUUAUAUUUUUAUCAUCCGCUCAUAUAUUUGCUUUGUAGCUCUUCUAAAAAUCGAUAUUGAUAAAUUAGUUGUAUCCCUUAGGAUAUGAUGCAGUUAUUUAAAACCUUCUAAAGCCUGUGACUCAACGGUUGAUUUAGUUCAUGUGAAAAUUAGUAUCAACUUAAGUAUACCUACCUGUUUAGAAAAGAGCAAUGUGUUUCAUGCUUCAGUAAUACAGGAAAAUAUUGAAUACCUACUAUGUGCCAGGCUGUUAGGUGUUUUAUAUACAUUUGCUAAUUAAUUCUUAAUGACAGUCUGGUGAGAUGGAUGGUGGAAUCCCAUUUUAUAGAUGGGAAGCUUCUGCAGAGAGUUUUAGUCUAAGGCCAUACUGAAGGCAGAUUUGAACCCAGGUCUGUCUCUCCCAGAACUCUUUCCCUGCUACCUGCCAUCACAAUCAGUGGAAAUAAACAUUUUUCCUAAAAACUGCUUUUACUUUAUUUUGCUUUGUUGUAUUGCUUGUUAAUAGAAUCACAGGGAGUGAAGUUCUUUAAAUCCUUGCCUUCAGCUUUUUUUGUUUGUUUGUUUGGGCCUAUUAAAAUUCUCACAUUGUCUGCCAGCAUUUGAUAGCUACAGAGAAUUCUUUUUUUUUUUUUUUUUUUUUUUUUUUACUGCUGUGGAUUAGUUUCUUAGCGAAACUCCUAAGGGUGCCGGCUUAGCAAGAAUAAGGACAGCAUUUCCAGGUCCUGGUAAUCCUCUUAGUGUAACAGUCUGUCAUCCUACCAUUCUCUAACCUUUAUAGUUGCAAGUGUGUGUUUAAUAUGAACCUCACAAAUAAAAAAAAAAUUGAAUCUAUUUUGGUAAUGGAAAAAAGAAUUUCCAGUGUGGUUAAGAAACACAGUUUAUGAGUGUCCUUUGCCUCCCUCUUUAAAAAAACCAAGUAUUUUUAAAAAAUUGGAACUUGAAAUUCAGCUCAUUGCUUGGAUGUAUUUGAAGCAUUUCUUCAGAUACCCCCUGGGAGCUGAAUCAUAGAAAAUAAGGGGAGCAGGUAGUAGAGGAUUGGAAAUGAGAUGGUGAAAGUAAAGUGCAAAAUGGCCUGAAAAUGAUGAGUUUAUGAUUCAGAUUUUACCAGUAAACAUGGAUUUUGUUGUUUUUCUCUUUCUGUUACAGUUAUUCUAUGACUCUAUAUUGGAUAGCUUGUUAUUAAAAGCCAUUACGGACUUCAUAAAAGCUACAGUUUCGAUUUCUAGAAUUGGGAGUCCAGAAUAAAAUGGGGUAGAUUAAGAGAAUGACUUAACUAGCUAAUGUAAAUAGCAUUCUCUGGUUACUUGAUCAACCCUUUUCCCACUUCAGAAUAUUUUAUGUGAGAGACUUUGGGGACUGCCUCACUGCUGUUAGAUCUCAUAAUGUUAUCUAGUGAAGUUUCUUGUUCUGCCUACCUGUAGUUUACUCUAGUUUCUCUUCUGCUUUCAAGGCUCCAGACCCAGUUCCUGGACCUGCCCUGGAAAAGAAGUAUCCAGUAGAGAUGAGCUCACUGCAGUUACUUAAUUAAAAAUUUGUAAGCUACAAAAAUGGCAAUGGGCCAACCAAGAACAGCUACAAUUUGAAUUUUUCUAUUUCCAGAAAAUGCUUGGACAGAAGAGAUGAGUACUGUUUCCACUAAGGCCUAGAAUUGCCUACUAUACAAUAGUCCUGAUCAGGCAAUAUACGAAUGGCCCAAGGAAGCCACCAAAUUGAUUUUCAGGUUUUACAUGACCUGCGACAAAAAUUUCCUGAAGUACCUGAAGUUGUUGUAUCCAGGUGCAUGUUACAGAAUAAUAAUAACCUGGAUGCCUGCUGUGCAGUUCUCUCUCAGGAGAGUACAAGAUAUCUUUAUGGUGAAGGAGACUUGAAUUUUUCGGAUGAUUCUGGAAUUUCUGGUCUACGCAAUCACAUGACUUCUCUCAACUUGGACUUGCAAUCACAGAAUGUUUACCAUCAUGGAAGAGAAGGAAAUAGAAUGAAUGGAAGUAGGACCCUAACGCACAGCAUCAGUGAUGGACAACUUCAAGGUGGUCAGUCCAAUAAUGAACUAUUUCAGCAGGAGCCACAGACAGCACCAGCUCAAGUUCCUCAAGGUUUUAAUGUUUUUGGAAUGUCCAGUGCAUCUGGUGCUUCAAAUUCAGCACCACAUCUUGGAUUUCACUUAGGCAGCAAAGGAACAUCUAAUCUUUCUCAACAGACUCCCAGAUUUAAUCCCAUUAUGGUAACUUUAGCCCCAAAUAUCCAGACUGGUCGUAAUACUCCUACAUCUUUGCACAUACAUGGUGUACCUCCACCUGUACUUAACAGUCCACAGGGAAAUUCUAUCUAUAUUAGGCCUUAUAUUACAACUCCUAGUGGUACAGCUCGACAGACACAACAGCAUUCUGGCUGGGUAUCUCAAUUUAAUCCCAUGAACCCUCAGCAAGUCUAUCAACCUUCACAACCUGGUCCCUGGACUACUUACCCUACAUCUAAUCCUCUGUCACAUACCUCAGCCCAGCAGCCAAAUCAGCAAGGCCACCAGACCUCUCACGUCUACAUGCCCAUCAGUUCACCUACUACGCCACAACCACCAACGAUUCAUUCAUCGGGUAGCUCUCAGUCUUCUGCCCACAGCCAAUACAACAUUCAGAAUAUUUCAACAGGACCUCGAAAAAACCAGAUUGAAAUCAAACUUGAACCCCCACAAAGAAACAAUUCUUCAAAAUUGCGUUCCUCUGGAUCUCGAACCUCCAGCAGUUCCUCUUCGGUCAACAGCCAGACCUUAAAUCGAAAUCAGCCCACUGUUUACAUAGCUGCCAGCCCCCCAAAUACCGAUGAGGUGAUGUCCCGUGGUCAACCCAAGGUCUAUAUUUCAGCCAAUGCCACUGCAGGAGAGGAACAGGUCAUGCGGAAUCAGCCCACCCUUUUCAUAUCCACAAACUCUGGAGCAUCUGCUGCCUCCAGGAAUAUGUCUGGGCAAGUGAGCAUGGGUCCUGCCUUUAUUCAUCACCACCCUCCCAAAAGUCGAGCAAUAGGCAAUAACUCUGCAACUUCUCCUCGAGUGGUGGUCACUCAACCCAAUACAAAGUAUACUUUCAAAAUUACAGUUUCUCCCAAUAAGCCCCCUGCAGUUUCACCAGGGGUGGUGUCCCCUACCUUUGAACUUACAAAUCUUUUAAACCAUCCUGAUCAUUAUGUAGAAACAGAAAACAUUCAGCACCUCGCGGACCCUGCUUUAGCGCAUGUGGAUAGAAUAAGUGAAGCCCGGAAAUUGAGUAUGGGAUCUGAUGAUGCCGCCUACACACAAGCUUUAUUGGUACACCAGAAGGCCAGGAUGGAACGACUUCAAAGAGAGCUUGAGAUUCAAAAGAAAAAGCUGGAUAAACUAAAAUCUGAGGUCAAUGAAAUGGAAAAUAAUCUAACUCGGAGGCGCCUGAAAAGAUCGAAUUCCAUAUCCCAGAUACCUUCACUUGAAGAAAUGCAGCAGUUGAGAAGCUGUAAUAGACAACUGCAAAUUGACAUUGACUGCCUGACCAAAGAAAUUGAUCUUUUUCAAGCCCGAGGACCACAUUUUAAUCCCAGCGCUAUUCAUAACUUUUAUGACAAUAUUGGAUUUGUAGGUCCUGUGCCACCAAAACCCAAAGAUCAGCGGUCCACCAUCAAAACACCAAAGAAUCAAGACACAGAAGAUGAUGAGGGAGCGCAGUGGAAUUGCACUGCCUGUACUUUUUUGAACCAUCCAGCCUUAAUCCGUUGUGAACAGUGUGAGAUGCCAAGGCAUUUCUGAGCCAAAAGGCCCUAUAUCUUCUCUAAAUCCACAUCUAAAGUUCAAGAAUCUAGUCUGUCAUCGGGGGAAAAGUUUCACUGCUACAUAGGAUUUUGUCAAAUUGAAGGUGUGACAAGAUGGUGGUGUGCUAAUGUUAAAAGUCAGCCCACAGAGCUAAUAAUACCUCAGUAGAAUGUCAUAGGCAGUGAAAUCCAUCACAUGAAGGGUAAUCUGCUGAAAGACUUGGUUGCCCACUGCCUAACCGUGUACAGUGUUACUAGUAUCCCAUCAUGGAUAAUUCUCAAUAUGUUAAUGCUUGGGUGUUCCCAGUACCUUUUCCCCCUCAUGUCACUACUGAAUUUUGACAGGAGGAAGGAAUAGAAUGAUCGCUUUUUUUUCUUUUUAAAGCUUUCAGUGAAACACUACACGCACGAAGAAAAGGAACAAGGUUUAACUAUUUAAACUGUUUGCUGCCGCAUAGUGCCAAUGGAUAGGGGAAGGACUUCACACAUCUGUGGUACUCUUGGCCUUGUCUUUGUCUUCCCUGAAAAUGUCUUCACUCUGUGAAGCCAGCAUCUAGGGUCUAAAGAUGAAAAGGAGAGCAGCACGCAUUGUCUGUACAAACGCGCAGUGAAACACCCCAGAGCUUUUCUUACUGUACAGAUCUCUCAAGUCUGCUUUAAGUGAUUUCUUUGCUUCUUUAUUAUUUUCUUAUAUUUCUAUAUGUAUAGUGUAAUAGUCUUUUGUUAACUAAUUUUCUUUUUUCCUUUUAGUGAUUAAGCACGAUCAUGUCCCUUUUUAUGCCUUACCUGAGAGAAGCAAUGCCUUAAAAUAAAAAAGCAUUAAUGAAAUGAAACUAUGCACAAAAUCCCUUUCCUCUCCUUAUUCUGUACUGGCCCUCAUACGUGCCAGUGUUCUGUGAAGACAUGCAGAUGCUGCACAGUGGAUUGCAGAAAGUAGGAAAGAAUCGUGCCUCUAGGUCACACACUGACUUCAGCGGUGAGUGACACAAUACAGUGUUUUGUCUUCCACAGGGAAGCUUAGGACAUAUGUUUAACCCACUGACAGAGCAACAAGGUUGAGCUGGCUUCAUCUGCCUGGUGUCCUGCAGAACUUGCACAAGAGAUUAUGAUGGGGAAAGUACAGUUUCAAAAGCAGCAACAGCAGCAGUACCCGCAGCCCUUUUUACAGACAGUUUAAAUGCUUUACUGUUCUGGCAGUCGGUUUCUAAACCUGACCUGGUGGCAGUAUUGUAUGUAUUUAUAAAACAAGGCUAGCCAUAUUGAGGACAACUGAAGAAAAGCUGGAAAAAAGAAAAGCAGACUUGAACACUGAAGCAACCUCAAGCAUCUCUGUAUUUUGAUGAUAUAUUUUUAUAAGGAAAAUAAAUAUUCAGAUGAUCAGGAAUGUAUAUAACAAAACAAAAUCAAGAAAAAGAACAGUAUGCAUUUAAAAAGACAGAAUUAUGAAAUUGUAUGUCAGUGCUUAGGAAUGGGGCUAAGGGAAAUGCUGAAAUGUAGCAAAAGAUAGGAGACCAUGUAAACUGUCACCCACUGUACAUGUUUGCAAGUGGAUGUUUUUAAAUAAACAGGAUUAUUACAGGUGAUCUAGAUGAAUGCCAAAGCCUUGACUUCCAGGCUUUGCAUUUUUGUAUAUGGACAGAAAUAUGACAAUCCUAGUUAAUUAGACAAUAGACCCAGAGCCCUUGCAUUUGAUGCAUUUUGUUUUAAACAUAGGCCUUGUUUUUUCAGCUUCAUCUGCAGUUCUAUGUGAAGAUUGAUAAAUCAGUUUUUACUUGUUUUAUUAAUAAAACGUAAUUUGGAUAUCUUGAGUGGAUGGUUUUGUGAUUUAGCUGGGUAAACUAUCUUUGUAACAGAUAAGUUAUUUAUAAAAAUUAAAAAACUUAUAUUCUAAUUUG